AUGCCUGACACCGAUUUUUUCCAUACGAAUAAUAAAAAUUAUUCUUUUGAUUUUGAAGAUUUCAUUAAAACAGAAAUAGGUUUAGGCAUUAACAGUGACUCAGAUCAAAUUUGUCAAGACUUUUUACGAGGAACAUGUACGAAAGGCAUGAAAUGUGAAUUCAAGCAUACUACAAAUUUUCGUGAAAAAGCCGUAGUAUGCAAACAUUGGUUACGUGGACUUUGUAAAAAGGGGGACCAAUGUGAAUUUUUGCAUGAAUUUAAUAUGAGAAAAAUGCCCGAGUGUUGGUUUUAUUCUAGAUAUGGUGAAUGUAGUAAUGAGGAUUGUAUGUACCUACAUAUCGAUCCGGAAAGUAAAAUAAAAGAAUGUGCUUGGUACGCGAGAGGAUUCUGUAAACAUGUUGUAUGUCAAUUGUACUUGAGUGGGUUUUGUCCAAAAGGAUCAGAUUGCCCCAAUGGACACCCAAAGUAUGAAUUGCCCACUGUCCAACGUGAUCAUGAUGGACCUGAGGAUGACGGAACUCAAAAGCAUUCAAUGGAAAAUGAAGAAUGUGGAGACAAAGGACAUUUUGCAAAUAGAUGUCCAAGAGGACAAGGAAAUCGUUAUUAG